CCGAGGUUUCCUGCUGGCGGCUGUGUGGUGAGUUCCGGAAACCUCAGGGCCCGCAGACUUCCCCUUGUGGGGCACCCGCCCAGACUUCAUCCUCUGCCACGCCCCACGGGGGGAAGUUGAGACUGGAAAGUGUUUCCUUGAGGCUGGCACACCUUGCUGUGCCUCACCUGUCCCUUCCAGUGGCGUGACAGGCCAGCUCCAUCUGAAACCGCAGUUACCAGAGGAGAGACAAGGACAGAAAGAGGAGGGUUUCCUAAUUCCUGGAGGAGGAAGGAAAGGACUGUCAAGGUCAGAUGCUGCUGUGACACCAGAUGCUACAGGAAUCACCCACCAAACCAGAGUGCAAACUGCAAACCUCUGUUACCACAGAGUCAAGUCGGUGCUGACUCCACCUCUCCCAGCUUGUAGACAGCUCACAGAUGCAACUGAUCCACCCUCAGGAGGGGACACACUCUGUCUUGGCUCCCAACUCUGCAGAAGGAGAAUAACACUCACAGUCCUUGGAAACAAAGCAUCACUGUGGCUGUUCUCUGUGUACUCCCUGUGGACCUUGUAGAGGAGGCUGGCCCUGUGGUGAUGGGAGAGAAGGGUCACCUAAGCCGGGUGCUGUUGGAGUGCAGUCUCAGUGACAAGCUGUGUGUUGUUGUUCGGGAGCAACAAUAUGAAGUAAUCAUUGUUCCGGCUCUCCUGGUUGGUGGCUUCCUCAUCCUUCUUGCAAUCAUCCUAUGGCUUUUUAUUAGAGGACAGAGAUCCCAAAGGCAGCGCCCUGGACUCCGGGGUACUGCCUCUGUACCUGCAUCUAGGGACGUAAACCAGGAGACAGCAGGUCAAGGAGAAAAGGUGCUCCUGCCACUUAAGGAGACCUCCUCUGUGGAGAGCUUUCUUCAAGCAGCCACACCUCUGUUGGCUAAGCUUCAAGUGCCCAGGGAACAACUCUCAGACAUUCUGGGAAAGAUCCACAGUGGCAGUUGUGGAACCCUCUAUCAUGCUAUGAUGACCACCAGAGGCGACCCUAAGCCAAAGAGUGUUGUCCUCAAGGUUUUAGAAGAACCAACUGGACUCCGGGAAGUCCAGGAUUUCAUAGGGAGAAUCCAAUUCUAUCAGUACCUGGGGAAACACAAGAACCUGGUACAGCUGGAAGGAUGCUGCACAGAAAGGCUGCCACUGUACGUGGUGCUGGAGGAUGUGGUCCCCGGAGACCUGCUCAGCUUUCUCUGGACCUGUCGCAGGGAUGUGAUGACCAUGGAUGGCCUGCCUUAUGAUCUCACAGAAAAACAAAUAUAUCACAUCGGAAAGCAGAUCCUUCUGGCACUGGAAUUCCUGGAGAAUAAGAAUCUGUUUCAUGGGGAUGUGGCUGCCAGGAACAUCCUGAUCCAAAGCGACCUGACUGUUAAACUCUGCCGACUGGGCCUGGCUUAUGAAGUCCAUACCCAAGGGGCCAUCUCCUCUGCUCGCACCAACACUAUCCCUCUCAAGUGGCUCGCUCCAGAACGGCUUCUUCUGAGACCUGCAAACAUCAGAGGAGAUGUCUGGUCCUUUGGGAUCCUGCUUUAUGAGAUGGUGACUCUAGGGGCACCACCAUAUCCUGAAGUCCCUCCCACUAGCAUUCUACAGCAUCUUCAGAGAGGGAAAAUCAUGAAGAGACCCAGCAGCUGCUCUCAUGCCAUGUACAGCAUCAUGAAAUGCUGUUGGCACUGGAGCGAGAACAGUCGUCCUUUACCUGGAGAGCUGCGCUUGCGCCUGGAAGCUGCCUCUAGAUCUGCGAAUGAUAAGGCUGUGUUGCAAGUGCCAGAGUUAGUGGUGCCUGAACUAUAUGCAGACGUGGCUGGCAUCAGUGCAGAGAACUUUUUCUACAACUACAGUGUCCUUUAAAGAUGCCCUCAGACAAGUGACUAUAUGUGCUUGGAAUAAGCUCUUUCAAGAACAAAGGGAAGGAACUUUCUAUGUGCCACACAGGGAGAAAAAGGAAGGACAUCAACCCCACAUUUUUCCCUAUACAUUUUCCUAGAAAUAUGAAAUGCUGCUGGAUGAGGCUCUACCUCUACACACCAUGUACUCGAACUAAGACUCACCACCAAUCAGGCUGCUUCCCAGUCCCGAGGGCCUGGGUACAAGUGGUGGUGGACAGGUCAUCCUAAAGGAGAUUUUUAAAAUCUGCAAUGAUUGCUGGGGGAUAGAGCAAAAGGGCUGGCCCCACCCAUCUCAGGUUGGUUUACUACUAAAAAGUUUUUUUUAAAAAAUCUAAUCUAUUACAGAGUAUAAGUAAAUCAGAUGGUAUGAAUAUGAAUGAAUAGGAACCCAACAUAGGAAUUCUUGAGAAAGAAAGUUCAAGAUUCUUUUUCCUAAGAAAUAUAAGGUAAAUCAAGAUCUCCUUCAAGAAGAGAUUUUGUCUCUUCUACAUUGAGGGGAUAUAUACAAAUUGUUCAGUCCUGGCCCCUUCAUGAAGAAUUGGAGAACUAAAAGAAAAAAUACUGAGUUUUUUCUUGACUAUAGAUUGAACAUUUUAUUGAAUUCUGAGACAGGUGGACCCUGUCUGAAACUAUGUUUAAUUAGAAGCAGGAGUAAUUUCAUGGUUAAGAAUGUUGUUCAUCACAUUUGCUUGAUAGUCCUGCUAGAGUAAGUCUAAAGAACCAAAGGUGGAAGUGUGUGUGUGUGUGUGUGUGUGUGUGUGUGUGUGUGUUAGGAAACAUGGAAAACCAAGGAACAAGACUUAGUUAGUAACCCAGGUUGUCACUAGGAGGUGCCAAAGAAGAGUAAUCUGAUACAGAUGAGUGGUAGCUUCUAAUUUUCAACCAUCCACUGAAACACUGUGAAACAACUCAUUAAAUUAGUAUUUAUUGACGAGAAGUAGAUUUUUCUUAUAUAGUUACUGCAAUAUCUACUAUAGGGAGUAGAAAAUAAAACAAAUUUGAAUUAAUUUUAACAGGAAAAUUAAAGAAUCUAUAUUGUCCAAAAAGAGUUUCUUUAUGUAUAAAAUGAGAAGACUUUCUAUCUCACAGGGUUGUGUGAGGGUCAUUGAGAAUAUAUAUUUGUAUAAUAUGUCCUCAAUAAAUACUAGUUUCUUUUCCCCCAUAAUUCAGAAUUCUUUUCUUUCUUUUUAAAAACAUAAUACCUACUGUGGCUAAGAGAAGAGUCCUGGACUGUGAUAGUACAGGGCAGAACAUCUGUAAAAGAUGAUGGUAUGAUAUAAGCACCACAUCAUUAAAUUGUUACCAUGCUUUGUUUGUUUUCCAAUAUGGAGAACUGAACCCGGGGCCCACACACAGGGAAGUGACCUACACUGUUACUGAGCCAUCAUGUUUGUAUGAGGUUUUGGCUGAUGAUAGUAGUCUCCUAUGCUUUCAAAAUACUGUAAAGUAACAGUGAGGGCAACUCUGUUUAAAUGCUGAUGUGUGACCUUCCAAGAAUACCCUAAUAUCUUUAGAAGAAUGAGGAGAGCUAUAAUAGAAAAGAUGACUGGCAGCUGAAAACUGACAAAACUGAAUCAACUGAAAUCUUAAUGUAGUCAUAAUGACUCAGCUAAAUAAUACCACAGUGAGUAGUCAAGAUUUAGAUGGCUGGAGAAAGAGGAUGAGAUUCAAUUGUUGCCUCCCAGCUGUUAAUUUGAGCCACCGUACAAAAUAUUUCCUUAUUUGAAUAUUUAAAAAUGUUGAGUGUCAAAGCUUGCUGUGCCAGACAGUGGGAAAUGUGUUGGGUAAGAAAAGUGGGAGCUUUGCAUAUAGUCAGGCAGGAUGUAUUUAUGUGUGGGCAUCUAACUAAAAACUUACCUUAAAUGUUAUGAAUGCAACCCAUGUGAUAGUAGGAGAGAAUGCAGAGUGAAGAGCUCUCUGAUUACAUGGCAUUUAAACUGAGACCCUAGGGAGGGCUCAGGGAGUCAAAGGAACAGUAAAGCAAAUUCUCCAGGAGUGGGAUUUGUAUGACAACUUUGUGGUAAGAAGAAGUAGUGUGGGGCUGAGGAGAUGGUUUAGUGGAUAAAGUGCUUGCCAUGAAAGUUUGAAGAGUGGAAUUCGGAUCCCCAGAGCCUUACCAUGUAAAAAGUCAGAUGUGGCAGCACCCAUCUCUAAACCAGCAUGCCGCUGACAAGCCCAAAGUGAAGACAGGACUCCCCAGAAUGUUGCAGGCCAGUUACACCUUAUACUAGUAGAAUGUGGCUGUUUGAAUUUAAGUUAAAAGUUAUGCUGUGUGUUUAAAUAAAUAUGAUACUGUUGUA